AGUAGUAAAAUGCGCCUUGUUGUUUGCUUUUUCCUUGUAAUGUGAACAUUUUAGAUUUGAUGGAAGAGAAAGUGAAAUUUUCGUUGGAAUGACGAUCCGAUAAUUUCUUACAGAUAAAAUGAAGAGUUUUAACAUUCAAAGUGACUUGGAAUGUUGCGAGAUUCAAUUACGCGUUAUGUGCAUAACGAUAUUUGAAAUUUUUUGACCUUUGAUAUCAAAGUUUAUUUCAUCAGGCUUUAUCUUUCAAAAACACAUGAUUACAACAUUGAUGACAAUGUUUUAUUAUCUCGGAAACUAGAUGUAAACAGUUUCUAAUAGCAGUCAUUGUCAAUCACAUUUUACAAGAUGAAGAUUGUAUUGUUCACGUUAUAUCUCGUCAUGAUCUUCUGCUGUUUUAUCAAUUCUAUUGAUGCUGUCGUAGAACGCCAAAAGCGAUGGGCAGGAAGAGAAAUAUGUCCAGAGCAUAAAACACACCAAGAAUGUUUAGAAUAUGCCAAACAAAAGUCAAAAAAGUUCAACGACUGUAAUGGAUUUACAGUAGGUCGUAUAUUCCAUGAUAUUGAGUGGAAAAGUUGCGCGAACAUUCAUUGCGAAGGAAAUUCAAGACUGGUAGCAGUGGAUCUCAGCAAAUUGUAUCCUAAGUGUUGUGAGCACCGUGUAGAUGAUAGCUAAUUCUUCACAAUCAGCGAACGUUUUCGGCGUAGUCAAAUAUCGCUGUCGACGUCAAAGUGAUACGCCUCGUUUGCAAAAUCAUUUGGAAAUUUUGUUUGAUAUGAUCGCUCCUCUUCUAUGAGCUUAUUCUGAAAACUUAUUAUUGAGGCGUCCUAUUCGACAAUAUGGGCAAAACACCUAAUCAUUAAAUAUACUUGUUUUGAAAUCUCACAAGCCAAGAUGAGCUGCAGUACAGUGAUUUCUUUUAUUUAUAUGUAAUAUUAUGUAAUAUUAAU